AAUCUUCAAUGAACCUGUUGUAGAUCUUCAGAGUUCUUUUUAUUUCACUGUAACCUUUUGUGAUAUACAUCUCAUGACCUCCUCAAGGGCCACUCGGUGAUGCUUGGUUCGGUGUUUCCUUUGCACAACCAUUGAAACCUUCACCAAAAAAAACAUGGACCAUACGCGAACCGUCACUGGUGAAGCAGCCAAACUUCAGCAGCACCUUACACUAUUAAAAGAAGAAUAUGUAAAAUUGCAGCGACGUUACAGUGAACUUGAACAAAAGUAUGCUGUCGCGUCGGCAACAGCUGGGGAAGCCGACCAGAAUAGCUUUGUGUCACGUCUGUUGCUAACUGUAGCAGGCCUCUAUGACCAGACAGUUUACAGUGACAUAAAUGUUAAACUGAAAAACAGAGAAAUUCCUGCUCACAGUUUUGUUCUGGCUGCUAGAAGUCAGGAAUGGGGCUCCCAGUCUCUUUCUGGUUGUAAAACUCUUGAUUGGACCAAUUUGGAAAGUAAUGUAGCAGAGACACUCUUGCGUUGGGUGUAUACUGAUCAAGUUGACUUAUCUGGGGGCGAUGGCCAUCUUUUGGACCUUAUGCGUGCAGCAAGUUCAUUUAACCUACAAGAUUUAGUAAACAAGUGUGAAAAUGCUCUGAUGGCAUCAGUUAAUGUCAAAAACUGUGUUCGCUUCUACACCACAGCUGAUGAAAUAGGAGCGGAAACUUUGAAAGAACAUUGCUCAUCUCUUAUAUCUUCCCAUUGGGAUGAUUUUUCAAGUGAAGACUUUUCUCACAUGUCUGCUCCAUUGCUUUUCCGGAUGUUUAAGUCCAAAACCAAUUAUCCUCUUCAUUCAGCCAUUCGAUUGAAGAGGGAGGAUGUUGUGUUCCUUUUCCUCGUGGAGAACAACUCUGAGCUCUCAUCUCUGCUCAACACGGUCGACGGCCGUGGCGACCUGCCGCUGGACCUGGCGCUGCGCGACCGGCAGAGCUCCCUCGCCAAGACCCUGGUGGAGCACGGCGCGGACCUGAACGCCCAGGAUGCGAGGGGCUGGACUCUGCUGCACUGCGCUGUCGAGAGGGGCGACGACUUCGCCGCCACCUUCCUGCUGGAGAAGGGCGCUGGCGCGUCACUGCGCACGCCCACCAAGGGCGACACCGCGCUCCACAUGGUGGCGGCGCUCAGCCCGGACACGGCCGACGCCGGCACCCUGGACGCGCUCACCGAGGUGGCGGCGCUCAUGCUGUCCGGCGGGCUGGACCCCAACCUGCAGAACAAGCAGGGCUUCGCCCCUCUGCACCUGGCUGUCAAGUCCCGCAACGCCCAGGUGUUCUCGCUCCUGCUCAAGUGCCCCGGCAUCGACCUGAGCGCGCGCACCGAGCCGGGCCACGGCGCCCUGUACUACGCCCUCCUCGGCGAGGGGCCCUUCGGCGCGGAGAGCUUCGCGGCGCGCCUGGUGGCGCAGGGGGCCACGCCGAACCCCGUCUACCCCGCCAUGGGCGACACUCUCCUCCACGUCAUGGCGAGAGAGGAUCUUGAGGAGCAAGCUCUGUUUCUGUCCGAGCACGCCAACAACGUGAACCACGUGAAUGCCCAAGGGCAAUCGGCGAUGCACGUGGCUUGCGAGCGCGGUCUCGCGAAGCUUGUGGCAGCUCUGCUUAGCUCGGGUGGCAACCCCAACUUGCAAACUUUGACGGCGUCGGAUGCGGGUGGAGCUCACCGUCAAACUCCCCUUCACAUUGCAAUCGCCAACAGGCAUGAGGAGGCUGCUCAUGUCAUUAUAGACUAUCGAAUAAACUACAAAUGUCAGAAAGGAAAUCCAAAAGCAGUCCCUACUCCUAAUCUUGAUUGCAAAGACUCUGCAGGUGAUACUCCUCUCUCUCUGGCUAUUCGGAGUGGGAUGCAAAAUAUUACCCAGGAUAUGCUUAAAGCUGGUGCAGAUGUGAAUGUUCGCAAUGGUAAGGGAUUGACUCUCUUACAUCAAGCAAUUCUUAACAAAGAUAGCAAAAUGGCUAACUUUCUACUGAAUUGUGGAGCAGAUAUGAAUGCACUGACUUCUGCAAACGAAACACCCCUGGAACUUUGCAUACAGUGCCGUUUGCCAGAUGUUGUUGAAUCCCUCUGCUCUCGAGGUGUCGAUAUGUCUAUUCCAGACAGGGAUGGCUGCUGCCCUCUGUGGGCUGCUUUAGCAUCAGAGCAAGAAGAUAUUGCUUCAAUUUUAGUUAGAAACGGUGCAGACACUGACUGUUGGGGUGCUGGGCCUGAUGGUUGUCUGCAGUCGCUGCUCCACAAAGCUAUAGAUGAUAACCAGCAGAGCAUUGCAAAUUUUUUAAUCAGAUCAGGCUGUGAUCUGAACGCCCCUCGUCGCCCUGGACCGAGUGGAGUAGGAGGUGACGAGGCACACGACCUUCAAGGACCAUUGCAUUUGUGUUGUUCAUGGGGUCUACAAAGCACUGUACAAACAUUAGUGGAACAUGGAGCCAAUGUUAAUGCCAAGGAUGCAGACGGUCAUACACCUCUCCAUAUUGCAAUUCAGAAUCAACACCCCUCUAUUAUAGCCCUUUUGCUCUGUCACCCCAACAUUGAUUUGUCGAUCAGAGACAAGACUGGACUUUCGCCGUUUGCAUCAGCUUUGACUGUCCGCAACCAUAAAGCAGCAGAGGCAAUUCUGGAUAAAAUGCCUAAUGCAGCUGAACAGACUGACAACAAAGGGCGUAAUUUCCUGCAUACUGCCAUCCAACGAAAUGAUUCAGAGAGUGUUCUGUUUUUGCUCUCCAUCAAUGUGGAUGUUAAUUCUCGAGUCAAUGAUGCAACUCAGACUCCACCUCUGCACCUAGCUGCUGUCACGGGGAAUGAUGUGCUUGUUCGGAGUUUAUUCUUAGCUGGAGCAAGGCCCAAUGAUGUUGAUGCUCACAAAAGAAAUGCUCUUCAUGUUGCAUCAGAGGCUGGCCAUGCCAAUAUUGUUUCAGCUUGUCUAUCUAAUGGUGUGGCUUAUGACGCUGUGGAUUCUGCUGGUGACUCUGCAUUGCAUAUUGCAUGCAGAGAAGGACAUCUGCAAGUUGUACGUACUCUUUUAGAAGAGUCCCAACUGAAUGCAGAGACUAUGAACCUUAAAGGUCAAAAUCCUCUUCAUGUGUUAGCUCGACAUGGCAAGGAUAACUCAGCUGCAAUUUGUGAGCUUUUCCUCGAAUUCAUGCCAGAUUACCCAAUAAAUAAACCAGAUCUAGAUGGAAACACAGCACUGAUGUUAGCUUACAUGAAGGGCAAUGGGAAUCUUUGCCGUGCUCUUGUGAAAGCGAAGGCUUGCAUAGGAUCUAUGAACAAGGAUGGUGUCACAAUCUUUAAUUACCAAGUGACCACGAAGCAGCUGCUUUACAGUCUGCUUAAUCAACUCUCUGAGGAACCUCCAUGGGCAGAAGGGGAUAUAUGCUUGGACUGUGGUACAAAGUUUGGUUUCACUGUUCGUAAGCAUCAUUGCCGACACUGUGGAAGAGUUCUAUGCAGUAAUUGCUCUGGUCAAGAUGUCCCUAUUUUGAAAUUCAAUCAGAAAAAACCUGUCAGAGUAUGCUCAGUUUGUUUUGACUUUUUACAAGUUGGAUCUUCAUAAAAUGCAUUCCCUGAAAUUGAAGAAUAAUUAAGCCCAAUCUCUUUUUCCAAGAGUCAGUAUCAGUUAUGUAUUAUUAGUCCAUAAAAGAAAGAGGCAACAGAAUGUGUUAUGUGAUAUAAUAAUGAUUUUGCAGUAUUUGCUCAGUCUGUUAUAGUUUUAGAUCAUUCUCAUUCUUAACACUACAUAACUAUGUUUUACUAUCUACUUAUAUGUCUUGCAUUUACUCCAUCAAAUCUUUAGAACUGUAUGUUUUACACACUGGUGUUACUUUGAUUUGAUUGUUUCAAUUCAGCAAUAUUGUUACUGGUGCUGAAAAUGAAUGUAGAUAAUUUUCUACCAAUGCUCAACUAAGGGCUGGGCCAUGUUGUUGUCUACAAUAAUUCAAAUGCUUAAUGUUUUUGUUAAGCUCAUAGAAAAGGUAUGUGUAUGAACAGCACAAAAUCAGCAGUCUUACAAGUUGAGGGUAGAUUUUAUACUGAGGUAAGUGCCAUGAUUAGUCUCACAUGUCUAAUGUUUUUGUCAAAUUAAAAACAAAAACUUUUCUAGUUUGGAGGACAUACUCGUGCUUACAACCAAAGGUUAUUAUGUCCAUUCAUGUGCUUUUUCUUUCACAAGAUGUGGACAUCAGUUGUUAAGUUUAUGAAUGCUUUAAGCUUUUCUGCAUGUUUUUGUUUGUACCUGUAAGCAUAUAUUUAUUUUUAAAUAUAUAUUUUUACUACAAUUGAUUGUUUACUGUCUAAUCAAUUUUAGAUCAGACUGAGAAAUUAUUACCAAUAUGUGUCUAGAAUAGUAUUUGUAUUAAAAUGUUACCUAAAUCA